AUGUCUGAAAAGCAAAAUGAGCAACAUGACCAGCCGCCCGAGGUUCAGCCUCAGCAGGGCACCCAACCUAUUCCACCGGUCCAGGAACGCGAAGGGAAAAGCGUCGAGGACUACGUGGACGAAGAGCGAAAGCUACUGCAGGGAGGAGACACAUACAGUGGACUCAUUGCAUUCAUUGUCAAAAACAUGCUAGUCGCCAUUCUAUCUUGUAUAUCAGUGAUUCUUUGGACGCAAACCCCCAAGUACAAAGCAGUAGAGAAGAGUCUCAUUCAAGUCACACAUAUCCUCCUUUCCAUAUAA